AGGACCUAUUCUAGAGGUUAUUGUAUCACGAAUGAAUUACAUCAGUUCUCAAACCGAAAACAAAGUUCGUAUUGUUGGGUUAUCAACAGUUUUAGCAAACGCUCAGGAUCUAGCAGACUGGUUGUGUAUUGAUGAGGGUGGAUUGUUCAAUUUUAGUCAUUCAGUACGUCCUAUUCCAUUAGAAAUUCAUAUUGAAGGAUUUUCUGGAAGACACUAUUGUCCUCGUAUGGCUACUAUGAAUAAACCGAUCUUUAUUAAUAUUAUGAGACAUUCUCCUAUAAAGCCUGUAAUUGUUUUCGUUUCAUCACGACGCCAAACACGUUUGACAGCUCAGGAUUUGAUUGCGUAUUGUUGCUUGACUGAGAACCCUUAUCAUUUUUUGAGAAUGACUAAAGAAGAAUUACAAAUCAAUCUAUCUCAAAUCAAGGAUAGUAGCAUGAAAAGUACUCUUACUUUUGGCAUUGGGCUGCAUCAUGCUGGAUUAUCUGAAAGUGAUCGGAUGAUAAUAGAAUUAUUAUUUCUACAACAAAAAAUUCAAGUUUUAGUUUCAACUAGCACCUUGGCUUGGGGCGUGAAUUUACCCGCUCAUUUAGUUGUAAUCAAAGGAACCGAAUUCUAUGAUGCCAAGUCUAAAGGAUAUGUAGAAUUUCCUAUUACUGAUGUACUCCAAAUGAUGAGUAGAGCUGGUCGUCCGCAAUUCGAUGAUAGUGGGGUUGCUUGUAUAUUU